GAGAAUGGGAAUUUCACAACUGAUUUGCCUUUUCUUUACAUUUUCAGAAUUGUUGGCAGUAAACGUGUUGUACCAUUUUGAAAAUGAUACAGUCAUUUUACCAUGUGACCAGUUGUCAAAUGAACAAAUAGUAUGGCAGGGACCAGACAAUUAUUCUACAUAUGGAUAUGGGGAUAUCAUAAAUCCCAAGUUGUCUAAAUCCAACAGACUAACUAUUAUACAUGUCAAUGGAAGUCAUCAGUAUGAUUUACAAAUUCGACAUUUUUCCAGUGAAGAUGAAGGGCACUACAAAUGUGUUAAGGGCAGUUUCGGGGAGGAAUUCUUUACUUUGAAAAUAGGAACAUACCCAAGCAACCUAACGAUAGUAGAGGAAGAUGCUAAACACAUAGUGUACGGAUAUCUCAAUCGUGCACUGAAAUUGAGCUGUACUGUGAACCAUGGGGUUCCAAAUGGAAAAUUAGUGUGGGUAGUUCACAAUCAAACCUUAGAGGAAAAAAUAUCAGCAUCGUUAAUUUAUUCAUUCGUACCGAAACAAAAAGACCAUUUGCAAAACUAUACAUGUGCAACAAAAAGCGAUAUAGCACAAUAUUCUAUGGAACGCACUGUUCAGUUGUUUAUCUACAUGCCACCAAUUGUUUCGAUUACCUUGAAUAAAACCCUGAGUAUUCAUGAAGGAGAAAAUUUGAAAUUGUAUUGCAACUACAGUUCAAACCACGAAGUAAAAGAACUGAAAUGGGAGAAAAGGUUCCAACACGAAAGUCCACUGGAUGGGCGAUCACAGUAUUUAAACAUUAAGAGCAUUAAUAGACUACAUGCAGGAAAGUACAGAUGCACAGUCACAAAUAUGGCUGGCAGCGCCUCAGAUGUAGUGACCAUUGUAGUAUAUUAUCCGCCAACAGUACUUGUCAAAUUUGAAGACCGCGGUAGCUACAGACAAUUACACUGUGUAGCAUGUGGGGUACCAGAUCAAUACAUCUAUAAACAGUGGGAACAUAGGUCUGACUCUUAUGAUCUGAUCAGAUAUCUGCCGGACGAUGGCAGGGGUAGACUAAUACUUCCAACUACCCCAGGAGAAACAGAUCGCCAUCACGACAGAGGAAUUUAUAUUUGUCACGCUUCUAAUAAUGUGUCGUUGAAUGGUAGCAAGUUUUUCGUUCGAGGAGAUUUUUUUCUCAAAGCACAAGGAAAACCAUAUUUUGUAACCUCCAACUAUAACACACAAUAUGGAUUUAAAGGUCAAGUGGGAAACCUUACCGUUGACUUCGUCAGUUUUCCAGAGAUUACAAACUUUACUGUUUUUGGUGAGGAUAAGAUUCAUUCUAACGACAAUUAUACUCUGGAAACUUGGAGGUUAAUGGACAAAGUAUACAACAAAACUGUAAUUGUGAAUGGCAGUAGACUGGUCAUUUCAAUGAACAUAGAAAAUGAAUAUGACUUCCGUUCAUAUACAAUAAAACUGAGAAAUAAGUUUGGAUCAGCGAACUUCAGCAUUUCCUUUCGUUCGGCAAGUUGUCCUGAAACACCAGAAAUUAUGAAGAUAAUGCCUAAGGAAAGUAAGGUUAUUGUAGAAUGGCGUGAAAGGUUUCAUGGUGGAUUUCCACAGUCGAUCGUCAUCCAGUAUCGUAGACGUGAUGUGCAGUACUGGAAUACAAUACCUGUCUCUGAUCCCAGGACGCACACUGGUUCUAUCGAUGGACUUACUCCAGGAACUGAAUACUUCAUUCGAAUGUACUCCAAAAACAUAAAAGGGGCGAGUAAUAUGACAGAUGAGAAACUAAUCAGGACAGGAGCUACAGAAAACAAUGACAAUGAGAACCUUGUAUUUAUGGUGUUGGUUAUUCCAUUUUUAUUAGCAAAUGGUGUCCUGUAUUGGCAGUAUAAAAAAGGAAAUGUAAGAGUACUUGAUAGAAUCAGUUGCUUCAAAAGGCAGCAAUUUAUAUACGAAGUUGGCGUUGGGGCUGUUGAAAACAAUGUUUACGAGAUGCAGAACAAUGUACAACAGAAUGCAGUGGUACAGAAUGCCGUCGCACAGAACCUAGAUGUACCUGUAUAUUCUUCUAUCGACAGACGAGCAAAUCUUACCAUAGGACAGACCGUCUCCUACUCGACAACACCGAAACGGAAAAGAAACUAUCUUGAUAAACGCCACGAGAAUAGAGAUUCUGUUGGAGAGGCUAGCGGAACUGUAAACUCAGCGACAAAGAAGGGUCCUGAUAGACUUAGCUAUAUUGAAGUUAGCUUUGAACCAAAACCAAACGAAUACAAGUUUCACAUUCAUGGUAUUAAAAACAGAACAAAUUAUGUUGACAUAGACUUCUCCAAAACAAUAUAUUCAUACGUAGAUAGUCACAUAGAAAGUGACGAUGACUCCACUCCACAGGCAUGUGCGAUGAUGAAAUAUGAAGAGUGAAAAAUACAAAAUCUUUUUUUUUUUUUUUUUUUU